AUCUUCGCGCCGCUGGGGAGUCGUGGGGUGCGUAUAUAAGGUGAGGACGAGGCCGGGGCGCUCCACCAGUCAGCUUCACACGCCAUACGGCCAUUGUCAACGGUUUUACAGGUUGUGCAGUGUCGUGUUUGUGUUUCGUGCCUUCUGUAAAGAUGUCGUCAACAAAAUGGAUAGUUUGCGCGCUCGUCAUCGCAAGCUUAAGCGUGCGACAUACUCGAGCCGCACCUGCGCCCCAAGAAGAUGCGUCACCGCCUAUGCCAUAUGAAUAUAAGUAUGAUGUGGAAGAUCAAGAGAAGUCUCUCUACUUCGGUGCAAACGAAUCUGGAGAUGCACAAGGGAAAGUAAUCGGAGGGUACAAAGUGUUGCUGCCUGAUGGAAGACUGAUGACAGUGGAAUACACCGUAGAAGGGGAAAGUGGAUUUGUUCCUAAGAUCAGUUUUGAGGAAAAUGCUAAUCCCUUCGGAAAAAGAAAGUAGAAGAAUAAAGAAAUGUAACAAGUCUUGUGGAAUGAAUAUACGAUUUGAUCAAAGUCUCUCUAUGAAUCAGUUUAAAUACUUUUAACUAAGAACAUAAUAAUUUACACAGCAUCUCAAAAUUGUUAUAAUAGCUAUUUUAUCACGACGACAAAAAAAUAAAUGAUUUUUGAUUGAUUGAUUCUAUUGUACAUUGAAUAUAUUGUAUAGAUUGAUUAAUGUACAUAGAAAUUUAGUAAUGAAUAGGAAAUUAGGACAUUAAAAUUACAGCUACAAUACUUGUCUAAAAAAGUAUUGUUGUAUUUUCAAACUAUUAUAUUCUGAUAAUUUGUUGAAGUUAGACAAUUACGUACCUAUUGGGGAACGCAUAAAGGUUUAAUUUUAUUCAAUUUAUUUGUUGUUUUAAACUAAACACAAACAUACCUAACAUGUUUUUUGUUGCUUUCAUCAGUUUCUAUUUUUACCCGAAUUGUAACAUUAUAAGUAAGUAUUAAAUUGGUUUAAAGAGAUAUUGAGAUCAAUUUGUGUAUGUCGUAUGGAGAGCUACAAAAGUCUAACAAAACAAUUAAAUAGCCAAUUAUUAUGGACUGUUACAAUUUGUCUUAGUAAGCAACAUUUAUAUUGUUUCGAUAUUAUUAUUAUAUUAAAAAAUCGAGACUGUUUAAAUUUUACAUAAUAACAACGUAGACGUACAUUGUAUGAUGAUAGUGGGAAAUUUUAUAAUUUAUCACAGCACAGUACGAUAUCGCAUGAUUUUAUCCUCAUGAUGUUAUAAAGGAGCAAGAUGAAUCCGAUUGUAUGAAGACACUUUGAAAUUUCCGCACAUGUCCACGAUAUCGUGGCGAAUAAAUAAAAGAGUAUUCAUACUUUUGCUUAUCCAUAGAUAUCGGUCUCCUGUUAUGGUGAUGAUAAAAAUAUAAAAUAUUGUAUCGUGUGAUACGAUACUAAUUAUAAAAGCACUCAUAGGGAAUAUGCAUGGAAAAUCAAAAGCAUCUAAUUGCGUGCUGGUUAAUUAUAAAUUAUAAAAACACUCAAUAGUCCUUUAAUUGUUUUACUAGAUUUCAUAGCUAUGAAUAGGAAUAAUAAAAGUAUUAUUUGCAUAUUUUAUCAAUUAAUUGAUAAUACUGUGAACACGUGACGUUACCAUUACUGUGAUGGAAACAUAGUUAUAGUUAAUAAGAAUAGGCCCCUAUUGCCAUGUAAAGAAAUAUAAUUUUAUACUUUAAUAUAGAUAUAUCAUUACAUUAGUAAGAUAUAAUUACUCAAAAUAAAUUUUGUAUUAAAUAAAAAAA